ACCUCCAGCAGCUGUACCCGCAUCGGUCUGUGUGUGUAUGCUGAGCUGACUGGGAGGAGCUGGGACCUAACUACUGGUGGUAGUAGGCUUAGCAAACGUUUACGUGCGAGCCGUGCAGAUCUCAAACCACGACUCCCGCUGCCAACGACGGAUUUUUUAAAGGAGGGAAACCACUACGAGAAAGCCCAACGCAGGAUCCCUCAUCUUGCUGCCAACGACAGACAUUAAUACCCCUUCGUUAUUUAUCGUUUUUCUUUUUUCUGCCUCUGCUGCUUCCCUCUCAGACCCAGCGAGGUUCCCGUUAACCACAGCCGCCACCAUCGUCACCAUCACAGGCGGGGGCUGUGUGAUGAGGUCGCCCUGCGGCAGGGGUUUGGUUACGCUAAUAUAAGGCUCUCCGCCCUCAGUUUGGGUCAAGUUGUCGCCUUUUGAAGCUCGUUAGCAUCCCGACUGUGACAAGACAUACACAACAGAAGAGUGUAGCUACUACUGGAACUGAGGGAACCGCCGUCUAUCCAUGAGCUCCGAUUUCCCGCACUACAGUUUCAGGAUGCCAAAUAUAGGGUUCCAGAAUCUUCCCCUUAAUAUCUACAUUGUGGUGUUUGGGACCGCCAUCUUUGUCUUCAUCCUCAGCCUCCUCUUCUGCUGCUACUUAAUAAGGUUACGGCACCAGGCGCACAAAGAGCUAUAUGCAUACAAACAAGUCAUUCAGAAGGAAAAAGUCAAAGAGCUAAAUUUGCAUGAGAUUUGUGCGGUGUGCUUGGAGGAGUUCAAACAGAAAGACGAGCUGGGGAUUUGUCCGUGCAAACAUGCCUUUCAUAGAAAGUGCCUCAUUAAGUGGUUGGAGGUGAGGAAGGUGUGCCCGCUGUGCAACAUGCCCGUCUUGCAGCUCGCUCAGCAGGCCGGCAGCACGGAUCCACCUAUGCCAAUACAGCAGCCUCUACCCGGCAUCGAGAACCUGGUGUAGCAGACUCGGACCCUCUCCUAUAGUACACUACAGACACACACAAACACGCAUCCCAUCACUCAUACUCUCACCUGUACAGGUACACCUUCGGUAUGAGUCUGUGGACAUGGCGGAGAAACUGGAGUUCAUGCGCAGAUACUCACAAAAAGCGUGACUCUGCGGCCAUCGUCACCUCUCGUAUCCUUGCAUCGGUUCACAAAAGGAUCUCCUGAUAUCAGUUCUGACUGAAAAUCAACUGCUUUCAUGUUUUUCUUUUCACGGACUAUGAAGAAGAGUUGAUCUAGAAGUUUGCUUCUUGGCCAAGACGUGGUCGGACGAUGACUUUUUCUCAACCAAAGCACUUUUCUGGGGACACCAGCUAAAGACCAGGAGGAAAAAACAACACAAAAGCCAAGAACUACAAUACACUAAAAUAUCAAUUGUUUGAAAACAAAAAACAAAAAAAAAAACUUAACAAGCACUUUACGAGAAGGCAAACCUUAAUUGCUUGUGAUGCUAGUAGCAAGGUUAUGUUUUAUAUUUUAUCAUUAACUAUUAUUUCUGUGUACAGUACAAAGCCACAUGGGCUUUCAUUUUUAAUUAGUAAACUUUGAUUUUUAAACAAAAAAAAAAAAUAUCUCAAAGGGACAACAAUACCUGUCGGUUGAUAGAUGUCAGGUAAUUGCACACACACACACACACACACACACACACACACACACACACACACACACACACACACACACAAGAAAUGAAGCUCAAAGCAACAUUGAGACUUAAUGUCUGACUAAAUGUGAAAGGUUUGAAUGUGUUGAAACCCUGAAUAUUUCACACUAAGCUGACAGAAUUUGUUCCCUCAUCGCCUUUUUGUCAUUCAUUACAAUGUGACUGUUGUUAUUAUCCUUUUUACUCUGUCAAAACAGGAAGGUGAUACAGUGAACAAAAAAAACAUAACAAAUUCUUCUUACAGGAAUUUACUGGGAAACACCCUCCAUAUAGGAGUGCUGCCAGGCUAUAUGCUGUCACCCCAGGCAUUACUCAGAAAAACAAUUCAGGACUUCUCCAACUGAAAAUCAGAGUUAUAAAGUAACUACUGUGAUUAUCUGAACCAGUAUUAGUGUUUAAAACAUGGCGCUUUAUCUAUGAAACCAGUUUUACAGAACAAACACGUAAGUAAGAAGCAAUAUUAAACAAAGAUCUAUAACAUGUAACAUAAAUGUUCCAGUUUUUUUUAAUAUUUGCUCUGCUGCUGCAUCUUUUUUUUUGUUGUUGUUGUUGAAGCUGAGCUGUGUGAAUGUAAACGUGGCUUGCUUCAGAUGAAGGCUGUGACACUUCACAAAGCAACAAAUGUCAAACAGCCAUGUUAUCUCAAACUAGAAUGACAUAUCCUGUUAGAAAGCAAUCAACACUUAAAGGUCCAGUGUGUAGGAUCAAGGGGGAUGUAAUGGCAAAAAUGGAAUAUAAUAUGAUAAGUAUGUUUCCUUUAGUGCGUAAUCACCUGACAAUAAGAAUUGUCAUGCUUUGGUUUACUUAGAAGGAGCCGUUUAUAUCUACAGCGAGAUCGCCAUGUUGCACUGCCAUGUUUCUACAGUAGACAAACGAAACACUGGCUCUACAUAAUGCCGUUCAUGUUUUUUACGUUUCUGCGUCGGCCACCGUCGUUCGCAGCUUCUCCGUGACGAGCGUCAGAAAAACAGAUUUUUUUUUUUUACAUGAAAUUGCCUUAAGUAUUUUUAUCGGUUUAAACCGGUUCCGUUUGUUUUUGAGAGGAAGAGACCUCUGCAAACAAUUUGGCUCAUGAUAACAACCUCCUAGUUGGUGCUGGGCUAGCAGCCUGUCUGUGACGAGCUGAACAGCGUCAGAGAAACACUGAUUCAUAAUGUGAAACUGCUUUAUUCAGUGUUUUUACCGGUUUUUAACGCCUGGUCGGUUUGUUUCGGAGAGGGAGAGACCUCUGCGGACCUCUCCUGAACAAUGAACACUGAAGGAAUUCUAACCGGGAGAAGUUUCAGCUGGGUGCAGUCAGCCACCCUCACCACUAGAUGCCGCUAAAUCCCGCUAACUCCUACACACUGUUCCUUUAAAUUUUGAAAGAGACCAGGGUUACAAAGGCUUUUGCUGCCUUUGCUGUUCAGCUCCGACUCAAAAUGUGCCACAUACACAGUUGCAGUUAUUUUUGCUUCUAUCCCAAUAGAUUAUUUAUUUUUUUAUUUAUUAUAAUUUCUUGGUACAGCUGCAUAGAGUGAAUAAGUUGACUGACACCUGUAUCAGAAGUACUGCCCUCAGCAGAUCAUCAGCAUAUCCUUUGGUCAAAUUACACACUAUUUUGUAAAACAUACAGGGCUCGAGCUGCCCCCCAACACACACACACACACGCACACACACACAUACACACACACACACACACACACCGCCUGGGCUGCCAGAGAGUCAGUGGUCAGCAGGUUGUAAUGAAGCAGCAUUUUCAUUCAUGCAAACACACACACACACAUGCAUAAAGGGUAGUUCUGCUUUUUGGCUGCAGUAUUCUGGUGCUUUCGCCUCUCUCCCUCUUUCUGUACGGUACAGAGUGCUUUUUGUUUUGUGCCACACACAGAGUAACUCUAAGCCCUGCCAGCUUUUGUGGUUAUGUUUUUUUUGUCCUCAUCCCUUGUGAGCUGCAUUUGGUAAAAGGGUUGUGGGUAAAUGUGCUGAUCUAAUAGAGCGGCUGUGUGUCACAGCGAUGGGCGUAAAAUAGGUCGGAGAUUGUCUCGUUACCUGUGAUAUGUAUUGUCAAAUGACAAUCAUACAUCCUCGUUAAAGGCACAAUCACUGAUCUAAAUGUCAACAAAAGAGAAGUCCCUCUAUAAAAAAUAAAACACAUUAGACAACAUUUAGAUCAAAUAUUACAAUGUGUCCUGGUGCUAUAAAAGAUUUGUGUACAUGUUUAAUGUUUACAGACAUUACUGAUGGAAAAUUAACAAUCCUGAUGAAAUCCAAUUCCAUCCAACUCAAAAUAAUUUUGUGAAUAUGCUAAAAAUAUAACAAAAUAUAUUGAUAUUGAUUGUGCCUUUAACAACUCAAAAUUCUCAAUCAGACAUUAUUCUCUCUGACAUCAGACACUGUCAUGGACAGAGCGGCACAGGUUCCCAACACAUAGAUGGCUUUAAAAAGUGACAGUGGUUCACCUUCUGUGGCAGGAAACCAUCGUUGCUCUGCCCCUUUCAUCUCUGCUCACACCCCGCAGUGACGACCUUUGUGGUCGGGUCAGAGCAGGCAGCAAGGUGAAAAUGUCGACUGUCAGAUGAGAGCAAAAACAGGAUUUCUCCUUCCUGUAUGAAGCAUAUUAGUCAGUUGUUCCCUGCCCGUAUCGAGGUGCAACUCAAAUUCAAAGAAACAUGUUGUCCACAUUAGCCUUACCUGAACAAAAACUGCCACAAUUACAAAAUAAAAGACCAGGGCUGUUUAUUUCAUUGAUAUCACAACCUCUUUACCUUUUGUGAUCAGUGAAUCAUUUACAUUUCCUGUUAGUGAAGAGGUUGUGGCUUAAUGUUGAAGAAAUAAGCAACAUGAGCUUCAGUAUGUUCAGUGUGUGAUGUACAGUAUGUGGUACCUUUUGUGCUCCUUGGUUGUGAAGGCUGUUUUAUUGAACUUGUAUCUCACUGCAAAAUUUUCCAAUAUGAGAGCCAACAUUCUCCUUCAUGCCAUGACCCCCACAACUAAACAUCACUGAGUAGUUCUGCCCCCUGAAAGACGCAGCGCGAAUAACACAAGUCUUAAAGCUUCGUCCCUGCUAACAGUUAUGUCUUGGAAUGUAAAGGAUCACGAGAGAGAGACGAGGACAGGAGGAGAUUUAAUGUGAAAGCAUGCUAUUUUGCAUAGUCAAGUUGCCACUGAUAUCACCAUUGUUAAAUGUGUGUAGAGAGUAGUAUCAGUAGUAGUGUAUUUAUACAUGAGGUGCACAAAGAAUGCUCCUUCAUAUAAACUGAAUGGCAGCUGAAUACGUCUGCCAUUUGGCCAUCGUAAGUGUUGUAGUUGAUUGUAAACACUUUUAGCCUUUCCACCUGUACUUCCCCCGUUUCCUUCCUGUGUGCCGUCCUAAUCCCGCCGAAAACAAAGUGCCAACCCAGAAUGAACUGUUAUGGAUCAAAGUCCCAGCCAAUGAGACGGAGAGAGGAGACAGGCGAGAGUCUCAUUCAGUCAGGCCAGGACAGAAUGGAAACUGAGCCAGCCAUGAAUAUAGUAAUAAAUGGCUUCCAGCGACUGAAAUUACCUUUGACGUCAGAGCUGCUUCCGAGUUAACUCCAUCAUAAAUAGGCAAGACACAAUCAGAUGAAAUACGACAGGCAGGAACACGGCUUUGCAUCACAAAAUGUACUGAUACUCAGAGUAGGAAGCGUCUGAAUGACGGCAUCAGAAAGCCUUUAAUGUGAUUGUCCCUUCAGGGCACGAUGAUUGAUGGUAGAUGUGUUUUGGGAGAAAAUGACAAAACAAUACUGUUUUAUUUAAAAAAGAAAAUAGAUACAUGUGGUCCCCACAUCCUCUGUAGGUGAAGGGUCUCCUUAUAUUUCCAUGGUUGGUUUUAGUGACCACACCAUUUAAGGAUUUUUAAUCUCUAUCACUGCCUCCCGAAAGUGAACUUUCCUCUUGUUUUUACGGUGUGUUAUUUAUUCCUCUGUAGCCCUCGUAGUGCCCCUCCAGCUCACAAAUGACUUCCCUCCUCUUUGUCCAAACAAACCCUCCCACCUUUACCAGCGUCCCCCCUCCUUCUACUCCCCCUUUUUGUUAACACUGAUUAUGUUUGUGGACUCUCACAGACAUUGUUUGUAAAACUAAGAAUUCUGCAGCAGAAUAUUUUUGGAGACAAUUGCUGUACAGUAUUUGUAAGCUCUAUUUUUGUAUAUUGCUAUUUUGAAGAAAAUAAUAUGCAUUUUUUUUCUUUUCUUGUUUUUGCUAAUUUUAUGUUUAUUCAUUUAAAGAAAAAAAUGUUGCAUGUGACUGACUUGAACUGUAAAUAAAAUUUCCAAGUUUUGGAAAGA